AGGGUUAACAAUAAAGUCGCUUCGUCAGUCAAACUGGUAUGGCUGUAAUCUCAGAUAUAAGAAAGCCAAAGACACAUAAAGGGAAAAGAGUCUUAGAGCGAAGAGCUCCUAAAUUAGUAGAGAAUGACAAAUGCACCCUUGUCAUAAAGGGUGGUCAUACAAGUGACGUUGUUAAUACGUUUCUCAAUGAUUUAUGCGCUUUGAAAAAACCACUUGUUUAUCGUUUAAAGUGGAAAAAUAGAGUCCUCCCCUUCGAAGAUUUAUCAUUUAUUGAGAAAAUGUGUAAUAAGUUCGACUGCUCAAUGUUUGUCGUUGGGAUGCAUUCCAAGAAAAGACCGCAUAACAUUAUUUUUGGAAGGCUGCAUGAUGGUGAGCUACUAGAUAUGUUUGAACUUGGCAUAAAAAUGUACAAACCGAUAUCGGAUUGUAAAGACAAAACUCUCAUAUAUGGAGCUAAGCCCAUGUUAUUAUUUUCUGGAGAGUUGUUCAACUUAGACACAAAACAUAUGACUUUAAAAUCUUUGUUAGUAGAUCUUUUCAAGGGCCCAACAGUUGAGAAGAUAAGAACAUUAGGUGUUGAACACCAGUUCCACUUUGUUUUGUCGUCAGACAAGAAUUUAUGUCUUCGCGUCCGGAAAAUUACCCUGUCAACAAAAGGCAAAACAAACUCAACUGAACUCAAUGUUCCACCUCUAAAGACUCCAGAUGGUAAAGUAGUUCAGAUUACACUUGAAGAUGCUACCCCAAGUGCUGACUUUGAUCUACGACGAGUAUCUUUGCCGUCCGAGGACAAAUGGAAACGAGCUCAUCGUGUACCCCCUGAAGUUAUGAAAGGUGACAAAACGCCUAAAAAUAAAUCUGUCGAUGUUUUCGGUAGCCGAAUAGGACGAGUUCAUGUUGGCAAGUCUUCUGAACUAGAGAAUUUACGACCUGGAUCUACCAUCCGAACUGCUCUGACCGGGCAUCGAAAACGUGGUUUUGAACGAAUAAAAUCUGGUGUCAGCAAAUCUAAAAAAAUAUCAGCUCCUAGUGACCUUAGCGUUAGCAAACGGCGUAAACUGUUUACUGAUGCUUAACCAAAUACACUUUUGCUCUCAAAAGAAUAAUGUUUCGU